AUGCAAUGUUACGCUCCAUCUGGAGUGAUUUUGAUCCACGCUAGAGAACAGUAUCCUAACAUUAAGUUUGAGAAACUACCAGCCAAUGCUUUUAAGGAUUGGUCGGCUCUCGGUACACUUGAUAAUGAAGUUGUGUAUCAUCUUGGUCAUAGUAAGUCAAGUUUACUUUUGUACUAGAUAGUGUUUGUCUUUGUGUUUAGAUUUAGAUUCUAUUGGAUUUAAAAAUUCGCCAUGACAGGGGUUUUGUUGUAAGCGAAGGCCUAAUAGCCAGCUUCACUGCGUAAUACUUUUUAAAAGGAAAGUAUAACCUGCUUCAUCAAAAUCAGCAAAAAAUUUUUAUAUGAAUUUUUUACGCCACUAGUAGUAGCCAUUAAAAAAUUUGGGUACGUGCGUUGAAUUUUUAAAAUAUUUGAAUUUCCCGCUAAUUUUGGCAAAUUUGACAUUGUGUUUCAAGCACUUUUUCAAAUUUCCAGACAAGCUACACCUAUAAAUUUAAAAAUUUAAGUUCAUUUGAGGGUUUUUACUAGUAUAUCAAGCAAAAAUGAUUAAAAGUCAAAAAAUGGCAAAGUUAUAAGCUUGAAACACAAUGCCAAUCCGGCGUAAAACUCAAAACAUAAUUUUUUGAUUUCGAUUUUCUCGUGAUUUCCUAAAACGUCCAAUUUAGUAUUUGCUGAAGGGGUUAUAUUUAUAUGUUCUUCUAUAUCAAGUCAAUCAGAGCGGGGCAGGUUGAGUACUUUCCUAGUUAGUAUAUUGUCUACUAUAAAGGAAUGUUUUAUAUAGCAAACUCAUCCUUAAAAGCUUUACUGUACUUAUGAUAUACUGUUUAUAGCUACCAAAGACAAGAGUUUCACCCAAACCCCGCAGUUAAAGAGUUAUGCAGCUGUAAGUUUACAAAGAUAGUAAUAAAACCUGCAAAAAAUGUUAUUAUAUAAUAUUGGUUACAUUAUAAAGUACUAAAUUUCUUAUAUUUACAAAGCUAAAUGUAUCUGUAAUCCACAAAAAACUAAAGUCUAUUUCUUAUUACUACUAUAAAUUUACAUAUAUUAUUUACAUACAUACAUUACUCAAAAUUAGUUUAGUCAGCCCCCGCACCUUUGUUGAUUCGCGAGCCACACGGUAUCAAUGGAAACCUGUCGACAGUAAUGUUCGAGAUUGAAAAGUCGAACAUUAAUGGUGCAUCGAUCAAUGUCUUCUGGUUUAGGUAUGUCAUUUUACUCGCAGAAUAACUUUUUUGUAACUACAGUAAAACUCCAAAGAAGUUCGUUAUGCAGCAGUUCUACUGCAGUUAUAACCUCUUCGUUUUUUAAAAGUUUUAAAAAUUAAAGAGACAACUUUCAAUGUUUGCUGAUUUUAGUGGCGAAAGGCGUCGAUGGACGCUAGCAGGACUGAAUUCAGACUACAGUGAUCGUGUCUACUUUCUGGGAAGCGAAUACAUGAGUGUCGAUCCGGAAAAUGUGAUAAAAAUUAAGCCGCUUCUUAUUACCGAUUUGUAAGUUGAGAUUAGUUUCAAGACUAGUCUAGUUUCAGACUAGCAUAGAGCUUCUUCUUUUGGUAACAUUGUUUAGUAUUAGGAUGGAGAUAAGUAAUAUUACCUUAAGGUAUGCAAUAGUAAUAUUUUAGGUGUAUUACCCUUCUUUAUACAUACAAUCCAACAUUAGUUCAAUAAUAUUAGAUUCUAUUGCCGGGUGAUCAUAAAACUAACUAUAACACUACUGAAAAUUAUUCAUCCUUCUCUUCCUUUCGACCAGUCUUCUUUCAUCGGGGGCGUGUCUGUUACCGCUACUCAAUCUUUGAUUAAAAUAUUCGUAUUUCACAUUAUUUUAGUAAACAACGACGAAUGGUAUCAUUUGCCGAUAUCUCUUCAAAACUUCCAAAAGCCAUCGUAGAGAGUCACGAAAAAUGUUGGGUAUGUAAUGGAAACUUGUAAUAUAUACUAAUUUUAAUUCUAUGCAACUGUCAGGUUGUCCAAAUAAUUCAAUGCUCCCUCUCAAAGCAAAUUGUCGGGGUUGGGGGGCUUUGAAUUAUUUGAACAAUCUAAUGUUAUAUUAUCAUUAUUAACAUCAUAGCUUACUCAAAACUUCUAUUUUUUCAGAAUAAUUUACCUAGCAACUCGUACUGUGUGAACGUUGAAGGAGAAGAUCGUACUGAGAUCGUCGAUCGUCCCAACCCAAUAAGGUUGUACAAGAACGUUCUAGUCUAUGCCAUUUGUUGUACAGUUGAGAACGGAUGUAUUAAGGAUGUGGAGAAUCAACGAUGUUCUUAUUUCGUUAACGAUCGGAACACUGGGUAUGUUACUUUAUUAUUUUUUUUAUCUUUGUACACUUUUAUUUAUAGUACUAUAUAUUUAGUACUAUCGCCGAUUACUAUAUUGCAAGCGUUUCCCUUUCUUACUAAGUAUAAAACCUAUUACAAUACUGUUUAUACCUAAAAUGUAUAAUAAAUCCUAUUACAAUAUUAAAAGUACCGUAACCUUUUCAGUCGAGACUUUUACAUUGACGAUGACACUAACUGGACUAACGAUGCCAACAAAAAGCCAGCUGUUUUGUUUCCAAGUAUAAGUGACAGUGAUCCAUUCUUUACUCUUGAUAACUCUACCACUGUUGCUCCAGAUCCACCAGGCCCACCAGGUCCUCCAAGCCCACCAGCACCACCAGGACCUGCAGGACAAUGCUGUGGCCCGUGGAGUUCUUUUUCGGUUUUCGGCAAGGCAACUAAACUUAUCGCAUAUUUUUUUGAAAUAAAUUAUAUCAGUCAUGUGGCCACUCUUUAA